AACACCGGAACUGUUACACCAUUUUGGAAACACGCAUUUUCUUGUUUUGUCGUAAGAUAAAAAUUUAUUGGAUAUGAUAACCGUCAUAUUGGAAAGAGAAAAUUUCCGGUCAUUGCCUAGCAAAGGUCCGGUUUGUUUGGCUUUUAUUUUCGUUAGCACAUGCUCCAUUUGGACUCUUCCAAUAUCUUUGGAGACAACAAGCUAUUUUUGUUUUCUAAUGCGAUAUGUAUUUUUAACUUAACCACAAAACAAGGUAGCUAUAACAUACAACGAAGAUUAUUUACGUUAAAAGUUACAGUAAUUGCUGCGAUUUACUGUUCUAUUUUGAAUAUAUCAUAUUUCUUAAUGAAAAAAUAAUCAUAUUGAAUGUGUAUAGUUGGUACAAAGUUUAUUUGAUUAUAUCAAUACUAUGAACAACAGAAAUUAAAUCAUUAAAUCCACGCUUCUAAAUUCAAGCAAAAUGCUUUUCGGGGUGCUGCCCAUACGGUACGUGUUCGCCGUGCUGGGCUCUAUCCUGUUCUCCAUCCUGUACGGCUACAAGUCCAACAUGAGCGUCGCCAUCGUGGCCAUGGUGAACCACACGGCGAUCGGACACGACAGCAGACGUUCCGAAGACGGAGGCCCGCCGCUGGAGGGAGUCUGCGAUUUCGAAGCUUCGGCUGAAGCUCUGAAGGAUGGUCCGUUCGUUUGGAGCCAAACCACCCGGGGCUACAUCCUCGGUUCCUUCUUCUACGGCUACCUGGUGAGCCAGUUGCCGGCCGGGAGACUGGCGGAGGACGUCAGCGCCAAGUGGGUGCUGCUUGCGUCCUGCCUGCUGAACGUGAUUGGCUGCCUGCUCAUCCCUGUGGCCUCGUACAUGCACUACUCGGGCCUGCUGGCGAUGAGGAUCGUGCAGGGCAUAGGAGGGGGCCUGUCGUUCCCAGCCAUGCACGUGAUGAUUGCUAAGUGGGCCCCGCCCCAUGAGCGCGGUUUCUUCUCCGCCAUUGUUUAUGCAGGCAUGUCGCUGGGGACCGUGGUGUCCAUGGUGUCGACGGGCUCCAUCGUCGCCUUCCUGGACUGGGAGUCGGUGUUCUACAUCCACGGCAGCCUGCCGCUGGUGUGGUGCGUGGCCUGGGUGUGGCUGAUGGACGACUCGCCCGAGGACUCGCGCUUCGUCAGCGACGAGGAGCGCCUGCACAUCGCGCAGUCCAUCCACGAGGCCGGCGUCCCGCAGCACCUGCCGGUACCUUGGCUCAGUAUAUUUACGUCGCUGCCUUUCCUCGCAAUCCUCGUGUCUCACUUCUGCAACAAUUUCGGGUGGUACAUGCUGCUCAUCGAGCUACCCACGUACCUGAGCACCAUCCUCAAGUUCCCGAUCGCGUCCAACGCGCUGCUGUCGUCCAUGCCGUUCCUGGUCAUGUGGUUCUUCAGCAUCGCGCUGAGCAAGUGCCUGGACACGCUGGAGGAGAGGGACUACAUCAGCACCACCACCAUCAGGAAGCUGUCCACCCUGAUAGCCUCGCUGGUGCCGUGCGCAUGCCUGGUCGGGGUCAGCUUCGUAGGCUGCAACAGGAGCGUUGCCGUCGCCCUCAUGACCGUGGGCACCAUGGCGCUCGGCGGAAUGUUCUCCGGCUUCCUGUCCAACCACAUCGACAUCGCGCCGCACUUCGCAGGAACUCUGAUCGGCAUCACUAACAGCGUCGCCACGAUACCUGGCUUCCUGGUACCGUUCUUGGUCGGGCAGCUCACCGAGGGGAACGAGACCAUCUUCCAGUGGAGGAUCAUCUUCCUGAUCACGGCCGCGCUGUUCCUGCUGGAGGCCGUGGUGUUCACGCUGUUCGGGACGGGCGAGGUGCAGCCGUGGAACACGCCCGAGCAGUACCGGCGCCAGGACUCGCAGGGCUCGCAGGAGGUCGUCACGAACAGAUGGACGCGCGACUAGCCCUGCGCGGCGAACACUCCCCCGCCUGGUCUGUGUCGCAAUAAACACACUUGUAUCCUGA